AUGCUGCUCUCCAAAUUCGGCUCCCUGGCACACAUGUGUAGUCCGACCAGCAUGGAUCACCUACCGGUGAAGAUCCUCCAGACAGGUACGGCACGGGGCACUUACCGGCCUCCGACACCGACCUCCCCGACACCUUCACUCAUUUCUCCUCUCGUUACAGUCAAGCCGGACAAGGAGCCCUUCGACAAGGUCUACCAGGUGGGGGCCGUGCUGGGCAGCGGGGGCUUCGGCACCGUCUACUCCGGGAGCAGGAUCGCUGAUGGACUACCGGUUGCAGUGAAACAUGUCUCCAAGGACAGGGUGACAGAUUGGGGAACAUUGAAUGGAGUCAUGGUGCCCUUGGAGAUCGUUCUGCUGAAAAAAGUUGGAUCUGGCUUCCGAGGUGUCAUUAAGCUGCUAGAUUGGUACGAGAGAGCGGAUGGAUUCCUCAUUGUCAUGGAGAGGCCAGAGCCGGUGAAGGACUUGUUUGAUUUCAUCACUGAGAAGGGGGCUCUGGAUGAGGAUACGGCUCGAGGCUUCUUCCGCCAGGUUCUGGAGGCAGUACGACACUGCUAUAGUUGUGGAGUGGUUCACAGAGACCUCAAAGAUGAGAACCUGCUUGUGGAUCUGAGGACUGGCGAGCUCAAGCUCAUAGACUUUGGUUCUGGUGCACUGCUCAAGGACACAGUCUACACUGAUUUUGACGGGACAAGAGUCUACAGUCCUCCAGAAUGGGUCAGAUACCACAGAUAUCAUGGAAGAUCAGCAACAGUGUGGUCAUUGGGUGUUCUUCUUUAUGACAUGGUUUGUGGGGAUAUCCCUUUUGAGCAAGAUGAGGAAAUUUUACGCGUCCGCUUAUACUUCAGAAGAAGAAUUUCCCCAGAGUGCCAACAACUUAUCAAAUGGUGCCUUUCACUGAGGCCUUCUGACCGACCAUCACUUGAACAGAUUUUUGAUCAUCCGUGGAUGUGCAAGAGUGAUCUAGUGAAAUCUGAGGACUGUGAUUUAAGACUAAGGACAAUUGACACAGAUGCAUCUAGCACAAGUUCAAGCAAUGAGAGUCUGUGA